AUGGUGGCCUACUUAGUUGUGUUUGCUCUAGUUUUAGUUGGUAGUGGUGUUUGGUGUAAAAAUGUUGAAAAUAGUCUUGGAGAAUUUAGUGAAUUUGAUGAGGAGGAGGUAGAAGAUAGGGAAUUUGGUAGUGUAAGAGACCCUAAGCAAUAUUGGCCUGCAAUUGGCCUCGUCCGAUUUGCAAAUAGCGUUUGCACCACCUUAGAGGGCUAUAAUGGGGUCUGUGUCACAAGAAGACAGUGUACCUACAUCGAUGGAUAUGGUUCUGGCAGCUGCACUGGCAACGGAAUCGGACGAUGCUGUUUAAUUCAAAGGACAUGUGGGCAAACUUCAGCAUACAACAACACUUAUUUUUCAAACUCGGGUUUUCCAAGUACCUUCAAUGGGGACGGUUCGUGUACUUUUACUAUUGAGGCUUGUCCAGGGAAUUCGUGUCAGGUCAGAAUAGAUUUUUUGAACUUUAUUCUGGCUCAACCAGAUGGAAACGGAAACUGCGUGGAUGACUCCAUGGUGGUAACGGGAUCUGGUGAGGACGUCCCGAUUAUUUGUGGUGAUAAUUCUGGGCAGCACAUUUAUUUAAACUUUGUGGGCAAUAACAGUAUUACCAUUACUAUCACCACCUCAUCCACAGUAGAUUUGGAGCGGUCUUAUAACUUCUUAAUCACGCAGAUUGCUUGUGACUGUCCGACUUUGGCUCCAGCAGGUUGUCUACAAUACUACACCGAGUUAACCAAUACAGUACGCAGCUUUAACUAUGGCACCCAAAUCAAUGGGGCUGUUGUGUCUUAUGGUAAUGGAACUACUGUAGCUGGUACACGACAGUUAGCUAAUACGAACUAUGGUAUUUGUGUUUAUAUGCAACCUGGGUACUGCUCUAUACAAUGGGAUCAAAGUAGUGAUAGUACUUCUUUUACUGUAACCAAUAACACUGCUCUGGCUGAAGUAGUAGAUGGUUUACCAAGUCAACCGAUCGUUGCUGGCAAUUGCACUACAGAUUUUGUGGUGAUACCUAAUCCCAUCUAUGUGAAUGGUACUGCGGCCAACACCGAUAGGUUCUGUGGCAACCAGUUUGAUUCAGUUAUUACAUACUCAAAACCUUUUGUAUUAACGACAGUGACAGAUGCUAGUGAGUUGACUAGUGACGACGUUGCUAAUAGAGGAUUUUCUUUAACUUAUACUCAGCAGGCAUGUAGGAAUGUAAAUGCUUUGUUACUUUUUACGACGACGGCAGGGUAGAUUU